UGGCGGGACGCCCGUCUUCAAGGCACCCUGCCGCUGGCCCUCUCCGCUCGCAUCCCGCUCGAGGUCUUUGAGUUCAUCGUCGACGAGAUGGAUCCUCACACGUUGAUCGCCGCGGCGCUGGUCUGCGCAGCAUGGUACCCUCGAGUGAUGCGCAACCUCUACCACACCAUCAAGAUCGGCAGCCGCACAAGUUACAACCUGCUGUUCAAGCAGUGUCACGCGUCACCUCAAGCAGUGGCUCGCGAGCACAUGCCAGCUGACGGUAGACGAGCAGUGGGAUCGAAGACGGGAGCAUGGGAUCCCCGCAGCGUAGAAACAAGAGCAAUAAUGACAAAUCCUUCUUACAAGCACUACCGUCUGCGCUCGGUGGUCGGAUGCCUCGUGUACGCGUCCUUCACAUCCGCAAUGCAAGACUUCGUUUCAUCCGCACGGAUUUCUUCCUCGCCCUGUCGAGCUGCGGCGGAUUGUGUCUGCCUUCCCCCAGCUCACAGAUCUCACGAU